AUGGAUGUCUUAGAUGAAGAUUUGCUGGAUGUGACUCCUCUGCGUAUGAUACCAGGUGACGUCCAAGGUUCCUCUUCCAUGGCCGGAGCUAAGCAAGACAUCUCAUUUGACAAAAGAAAGGUUGUAAAGAAGUCUUCCAACAGGGUUGCUGCUGAGCACCUAGAAAAAUGGAGGUUUGUCACUCAAAGAAGGGUUGCAGUUGAAAGAGAAUUGAGGAAAGAAACUGUUGAAGUGAAGGAAGUAAUGGAGUUAAUCAAGGCAGCUGGUCUUAUGAAAACUGUGACUGCUCUGCCUCAUUGGUAUGAGGGGCUAGUCAAAGAAUUCAUUGUGAACAUUCCUAAGGAAAGUUAUGAGGUUUGCAAAGUGGUUGUCAGGGCUGGGCAAGUUAAAGAAUGGCCUAGUAGGAAACACCUAUCUGCAAGUAAACUAACUAUCAAACAUGCCUCCACCAAUGCUGUAAAGUCGCCUAUUGCAUUCCCUUCCAUCAUAUGUGGCAUCAUCCUGAGUCAACACCCAGGAAUCCUAAGAGCUAGUGAUAUUCCAAGAAGGAGGAAGACCCCUCUAUCCAUUCAGUAUAAGCUCUUUGAAGGAAGUCAUGUCAAUGAUAUUGUCAUGACAUCUGCCAAAAGAGAACCUAUAGCUAAAGGAAGUUUGAUUGACCAACUGAAAGAAACUUGCAAGGAAUUGGACAAUGGGAUAAAGUUGGCAAAGGCUAGAAAAGAGGCUUUAGAAGUUUUUAUCUGUAGCAUGGAGAAGGAAGAAGUAGAAAAGGCUGAGAAGGACUCAGAAUCAAACUCUCAAUCCAAUGGAAGUUCUGGAAGCUCAGAAGGCUCUGAAGGUACAGGUGAAGACACAAGUGAAGGUGAAGAUAAUUCUUCUUCUUCUGAUUAG